GUCUCUGGCUCAACAUGUAAAUAACAGCUCACAGCUCUGUAACUACUGACACUUACUACAACGAGUCAUUCCGGCUGCAGAUAAUUUAACAUCAUCAAAGAUGGCAAAUGUUGCCAUUUCGCUACCUAGGGAAUCUAACAAGGCACGAGAUACUCCGGUUUAAAGUCGCUCGAUUUGGCAAAACGCCACUGACAUCUCUACAAUACAGCUUAGGCUUUUUGUUCGUAGCAAGUAAAGUUGGAGCUUAAAACUUACCAAACUUAAUCUCCCACUGUUUAGGUACUUCUUAAGUGAUUUUGAGAGGGAUGUGAAGUGGACUGUCAGAUCCCAAACCAUUUGCUCGCCUUCCCUUGAUAUUUUUUUCUUUCUUUUUUUUUUUUUUUUUUUUUACCAAUAGCAAACUAUACCAAAAGUGGGUAUGACAUUUAGAUGUCAAAUGGAUAGGGUUUUAUCUAGAAGUUAGAUCGUAAAAAUCGCCCAGACCUCAGACAGAUACCCCUCACUGGCUCUCAAAAGUCACGUGAGGUCCAUAAAGUUAGUUUUAUGGUUUUGGGGAGUUGACAAUGUACAAUAUAUUUCACAUUCUCUAGAAUGUUAAGUGACACUUUAACUGCUUGGUUUGGCUUGUAAGGGGCAGCAAUGGGUGAGCACUUUUCCAGAUGAGAUAAACGUUGCAAUUGCAGGGAACAUGUUUUGCGGGUCCAGUUUUCAGUCCAGAGAGCCAAUAGACUGGAGUCCUGAAAAAAUUAAUGGCCAUGAGCUCGUUUUUGAUCAACUCCAACUAUGUGGACCCCAAGUUCCCACCCUGUGAAGAGUAUUCCCACAGCGAUUACCUUCCCAAUCACUCGCCGGAAUAUUACAGCAGCCAGAGGCGAGAGAGCACUUUCCAACAUGAAGCGAUGUACCAGCCGCGGUCAGCCUGCAAGGAGCAGCUCUACUCGUCCUGUCCGAGCUCCGGCCACCAAGCAGCGGUGUUAUCCCCCCGGGGUCAUGUCCAUCCUCCGGCCGGACUGCAGAGCCACCUCUCUGAGCCAAACCAUCCCUGCGAGCCGGUCACCCCCAGCCCACCACCCUCCUGCAGCCAAAACUCUCUGAACCAAAGCCCUUCCAAUUCCUCUUGCAAAGAGCCGGUAGUUUACCCCUGGAUGAAAAAAGUCCAUGUAAGCACGGUAAACCCCAAUUACUCAGGAGGGGAACCGAAACGCUCCCGCACAGCCUACACCAGGCAGCAAGUCCUGGAGCUGGAGAAGGAAUUUCACUAUAACCGCUAUCUCACCCGGAGGCGCAGGGUCGAGAUCGCCCAUUCCCUCUGCCUCUCCGAGCGCCAGAUCAAAAUCUGGUUCCAGAACAGGAGGAUGAAAUGGAAAAAAGAUCACAAGUUACCAAAUACCAAGAUCAGGUCUAAUUCUUCCAGCUCCUCUGCCAGCCUGCAGAUCCCACAAGGAGGAUCUCAAAACCGAUCCCAUGGACCAACCACCAGCCUAUAACUAUUCCUUGGAUGGAUGGAGUGUGUGUGGUUGUGGGUGUGAGUUUGUGUGUGUGUAGGGAACACAUGAUAAUUUUUUUUUUUAAAUGCUCCAAGAAGCGAGGGAAGGAGGGGUACUCUUUAUUUAUAGGGGGAACAGAGGGAGACUCAGCUGCAACAAAGCAGAGCUGUGCUGUUGUGCCUCUCUUCCAUUAAAGAAGGCUGUAGAUAGUAGUUUUCAGAUUUGGCUAAGAUGGAUCCUUGUUUCAUCUUUAAUCACGCCAAGCUCUGCCCCAUUUGUCAUGUUUACUCUCCCGUACAAAGGAUGGACCUUAUGUCUGCUAUUACCUCGACAACCAGCGCUCACUUUAAUAAAUGAGGCUCAGUUUCUUCAAGACGAACUGGAUUUUCUCCCCCCCCCCUUUUCCCCCCCCCCCCUUUUUCUUUUCUCGCCUACCAGCCACAAACGGAAAGUUUCUGUCCCGCCAUCCCAAAGACGCGGCGGUUCUAGCACAGCCCUGUGAUGGAGAAAAAAACAAAAACCAACCCACCCCCCCCAAACCCAACCAAAAUCUCCGCCGGGCACGGACCGUGGGGAGCGGGGGGGUCUCGGACACUGCGCUGGUCGUGCGUGGGAGUGGGGGGGGUGGGGGAAUCCGGUGGAAAGGAAAAAAAAAAAGGAAAAUUAGGUCAAGUAGGUGGUGGACAAAGAAAGCAAGAGGAUGGAGAGUGAUGUAGGACACCCCCCCCCCCCGCCAUUUUUUUUGAGUCCAGCAGGUUAAUUGUGAAUCUGGGAAAGGGGGGGGGGGAGGGGAGAGGGGAAAAGCAGGGAUUUAGGUUAGAAACUGGGUGAUAAAGAAUGGCACCUGGAGGGGGGGGUGGGAGCUCCUCUCCCGCUGUCUAGCCCAGUUUUGUACUGAAAAUGUGAAUUACGGACGGAGGGGUGAGGGCUCGCCCCUCUGGGGGGGGAGCACGGGGUGAGGCAGGGGUUUGGCGAGGCUCCCCCCGACACCCCGCCCGGCCCGGCCACCUCCAUCCCCUCCCUUUGUUCUUCGGGAUGACCAGGAUUACCUGUAAAUAGCAGAGAAAAGGAACAAAACCAACAACAACAAAAAA